AUGACAGCUGAAGUGGAAAUCUAUGCAAAAAAAGAACCCCAUUUACGUUCGCUGAAACAGUCGGGACAUGUGGGCUUUGACAGCCUCCCCGAUCAAUUGGUAAAUAAAUCGGUGCAAAAUGGCUUUGUGUUUAAUGUGAUGUGUAUCGGCGAAACGGGUUUGGGUAAAUCCACCAUGAUGGACACUUUGUUCAAUACCAGCUUUGAGUCCACACCCAGUUCCCAUACCCUGCCCAAUGUGAAAUUGAAGGCUCACACUUAUGAGUUGCAGGAAAGCAAUGUACGCCUGAAGUUGACAAUUUGCGAUACCGUAGGCUAUGGCGAUCAAAUCAACAAGGAUGACUCAUUCAAGGCAGUUGUCGAUUAUAUCGAUGCUCAAUUUGAGGCUUAUCUUCAAGAGGAGUUGAAAAUCAAACGUUCGCUGGUCGGUUGCCAUGAUUCACGCAUCCAUGUCUGCUUGUAUUUCAUUUGUCCCACCGGUCAUGGCCUCAAGAGUUUGGAUUUGGUUUGCAUGAAGAAAUUGGAUAGCAAGGUGAACAUCAUACCCAUCAUUGCCAAGGCUGAUACCAUCUCCAAGGCAGAAUUGCAACGUUUCAAGUCGAAAAUCAUGCAAGAAUUGGCCAAUAAUGGUGUCCACAUUUAUCAAUUCCCCACCGAUGAUGAAACGGUGGCCGAAACCAAUCAGGCCAUGAAUGAUCAUGUACCAUUUGCGGUGGUGGGCUCCACGGAAUUUAUCAAAGUGGGCAAUAAACUCAUUCGUGCCCGCCAAUAUCCUUGGGGCACCGUUCAGGUGGAAAAUGAAACCCAUUGUGAUUUUGUAAAAUUGCGGGAAAUGUUGAUCCGCACCAAUAUGGAAGAUAUGCGCGAAAAGACUCACACCAAACACUAUGAAUUGUAUCGCCAAAAACGUCUCGAAGAAAUGGGCUUCUCCGAUGUUGAUUCGGAUAAUAAACCCAUCUCAUUUCAACAAACCUUUGAGGCCAAACGUUCGAAUCAUCUUGCCGAAUUGCAGGCCAAAGAGGAAGAGGUUCGUCAAAUGUUUGUUCAACGUGUCAAAGAAAAGGAGGCAGAACUUAAAGAAUCCGAAAAAGAGUUACAUGCCAAAUUUGAAAAACUCAAGCGGGAUCAUGCUGAGGAGAAACGUAAACUGGAGGAGUCUCGUAAAAAAUUGGAAGAAGAUUUCUUGGAAUUUACGCGACGUAAGGCUCAACUGGCCACCUCACACCACACCCUGACAUUGGGUAAAAGCAAAAAGAAGUAAGACGGCAA